GUCCCCUCCAUCCCUUCCCCACUGCAUCGCCGCCCUACAGCCCCCGCGCUGUGGCGGCCGCCCGAGACACGUGUGCCCGCGCCCGGCGGGCGUGCGGGGGAGCGCGGCCACGCCUGGCCCGGCCACCAUUUCUCUGGCGCCCACCGGUUCGAGUGCGGAGCCUGAAGCAUGAGUGGGGACUCGGAGCGCGCGGUGGCCCCGGGGGUGGUGCCUGCACCCUGCGCCUCGAAGGUGGAGCUGCGGUUGAGCUGUCGGCACCUGCUGGACCGGGACCCGCUGACCAAGUCCGACCCCAGCGUGGUGCUGCUGCAGCAGGCACAGGGCCAGUGGCUACAGGUGGACAGAACCGAGGUGGUGAAGAGCAGCCUGCAUCCGGUGUUCUCCAAGGUCUUCACUAUCGACUAUUACUUCGAGGAGGUGCAGAAGCUACGAUUUGAGGUGUAUGACACCCAUGGGCCUAGUGGGCUGAGUUGCCAGGAUGACGACUUCCUAGGGGGCAUGGAGUGUACCUUGGGGCAAAUUGUGGCCCAGAAGAAAAUGACACGCCCAUUGCUGUUGAGAUUUGGCAGAAAUGCUGGCAAAUCCACCAUCACGGUGAUAGCAGAGGACAUCUCUGGGAACAAUGGCUACGUGGAGCUCUCCUUCCAAGCCAGGAAACUGGAUGACAAGGAUCUCUUCAGCAAGUCGGACCCCUUCCUAGAGUUGUAUCGGGUGAAUGACGAUGGGAGUGAGCAGCUGGUGUACAGGACAGAGGUAGUGAAGAAUAACCUUAACCCAGUGUGGGAACCCUUCAAGGUGUCCCUGAAUUCACUCUGCAGCUGCGAGGAGACACGGCCUCUGAAGUGCCUGGUCUGGGACUAUGACUCCCGAGGAAAACAUGACUUCAUCGGUGACUUCACCACCACCUUCGCAGAGAUGCAGAAGGCCUUUGAGGAGGAGCAGGCCCAGUGGGACUGUGUGAAUGCCAAGUACAAACAGAAGAAGCGCAAUUACAAGAACUCUGGGGUGGUGGUCCUGGCAGACCUGAAGCUCCACAGGGUCCACUCCUUCCUGGAUUACAUCAUGGGUGGCUGCCAGAUCCACUGCACGGUAGCCAUCGACUUCACAGCCUCCAACGGUGACCCAAGGAACAGUUGCUCCCUCCACCACAUCAAUCCUUACCAACCCAACGAGUACCUGAGGGCCCUGGUGGCAGUGGGCGAGGUUUGCCAGGAUUAUGACAGUGACAAGAGAUUUUCUGCUUUGGGAUUUGGAGCCCGGAUCCCACCCAAGUAUGAGGUGUCCCAUGACUUUGCCAUCAAUUUCAACCCUGAAGAUGAUGAAUGCGAAGGAAUCCAGGGCGUGGUGGAGGCCUACCAGAACUGCUUGCCUAAGGUCCAGCUCUACGGCCCCACCAAUGUGGCACCCAUCAUCUCCAAGGUGGCCCGCAUGGCAGCAGCUGAGGAGCUCACAGGGGAGGCCUCUCAAUACUACAUACUGCUGAUCCUCACAGACGGUGUAGUAACUGACAUGUCAGACACUCGAGAGGCCAUUGUACGCGCUUCCCACCUGCCCAUGUCCGUCAUCAUCGUUGGGGUGGGCAAUGCUGAUUUCACUGAUAUGCAGAUCCUAGAUGGUGAUGAUGGAGUCCUGCGUUCCCCACGGGGUGAGCCUGCACUCCGUGACAUCGUUCAGUUUGUGCCCUUCCGUGAGCUCAAGAAUGCCUCCCCUGCGGCAUUGGCUAAGUGUGUGCUGGCUGAAGUGCCCAAGCAGGUGGUUGAAUACUACAGCCACAAAGAACUGCCUCCUCGAAGCCUUGGCACCCAAACUGGAGGGGCCGGUCCCAGCUCAGCACCCUGAGGAUGCCAGGCAAGGGGUCCCUGCGCAACAAAUCCAUCUACAGCACCUCCUGAACCCCCAGAGACCCCUCAGAAGCUUAUCGCCUAGCCCAGGACC